AUGAUCCCUGUACCUGUUGCGGAAGUUGGAGAGGAAUUGAGCAGGAAGUAUAGGCCUUAUUUGCUUCCUAGAGACGAAAUGGAGAAGGAUUGGAUCUCGGAGUUAGAACUUGAUACAGUGGAGAGAAUCUCAAGGGAGCAUUUGCUGGAACGGGGGGAAGAACCGUUGAAAGUUCUGGUGCUUUAUGGGUCUUUGAGGAUGAGGUUUGUUCCAGCUUGCAUGAUCGAGCGGGCCAGGAGAAGUGCUGAUCAGCUGAAAAGGUCGUAUUCGAAGCUCAUGGCAUAUGAGGCUUGUCGGAUACUACAUCGCUUAGGGGUUGAUGUGAGGGUGUUUGACCCGAAGGGGUUACCAAUGAAGGACGAUGUAUCAAUGGACCAUGAAAAGGUUCAGGAGUUAAGGGGGUUGAGCGCUUGGAGUGAUGGACAAGUGUGGUGUUCACCUGAGCAGCAUGGAACGGUGACAGCCGUAUUCAAAAACCAGAUAGACUGGAUACCCCUCUCCACCGGCUCUGUUCGCCCAACACAAUCUCGCACUCUCUCAAUAAUUCAAGUAAAUGGUGGUAGCCAAUCCUUCAACACCGUAAACUGGCUACGGAUUCUAGGGCGGUGGAUGCGCAUGUUCACGAUACCAAACCAAUCGAGCUUGCCAAAAGCGUAUACUCAAUUCAGCGAUGAGGGGAGACUUUCUGCUAGCGGAAAUCGGGAUAGGCUUGUGGAUUGUAUGGAGGAGUUGGUAAAGUAUACUUGGGUUAUGAGACCCCAUUUUGAGAGUUGGGGGGACAGGUUUAGUGAGCGGAAGGAGAAGGCGGAGAAGGAGGAGAAGAAAGCGAAGGAGAAGGGGGAGAGAGAAGAGGGGGAGAUAGAAGAGAGGGAAAGGAUGGAGAGGGAGGGGACGGGAGUGGAAGAGGUCAAGGGAGAAGGGGCCAAGAUUGUGGCGGCGGUGUAG